AGGCUUCACACUUGGAUCCUGCCCCACAGCACUGCAGCCAGCCAGGAUCAUAGAUGUGCCACAUGUGCCGAGACACAGGUCCUUAUCAUGUGACCUUCACGCUGAGGAGCACUGGCUCCCUACUGUCUGCACCACCAGUGGCUGGGCUUUCACAGGUCUGUGAAAAAUGGAACCAAACUCUCUGAGGACUAAAGUCCCAGCUUUCUUAUCUGACUUGGGAAAGGCCACAUUGAGGGGAAUCAGAAAGUGUCCUCGAUGCGGCACAUACAACGGAACCCGGGGACUGAGCUGUAAGAACAAGACGUGCGGGACCAUAUUCCGGUACGGCGCACGGAAGCAGCCUAGCGUGGAAGCUGUCAAAAUCAUCACAGGCUCGGAUCUGCAGGUCUACUCAGUGCGGCAGAGAGACCGGGGCCCCGAUUACCGAUGUUUCGUGGAGCUCGGUGUCUCCGAGACGACAAUCCAGACGGUGGAUGGGACAAUCAUCACUCAGCUGAGCUCUGGACGGUGUUAUGUCCCCUCAUGCCUGAAAGCUGCCACCCAAGGCGUUGUGGAAAACCAGUGCCAGCACAUCAAGCUGGCAGUGAACUGCCAGGCGGAGGCCACCCCUCUGACCCUGAAGAGCUCGGUCCUGAAUGCAAUGCAGGCCUCCCCAGAAACCAAACAGACCAUCUGGCAGCUAGCCACUGAGCCCACAGGUCCCCUGGUACAAAGAAUUACUAAAAAUAUCUUGGUGGUGAAAUGCAAGGCAAGCCAGAAGCAUAGUUUGGGGUAUUUACAUACGUCUUUUGUGCAGAAAAUCAGUGCCAAAAGCUUACCCGAGCGCCGCUUCUUCUGCUCCUGCCAGACUCUGAAGUCACACAAGUCAAACGCCUCCAAGGACGAGGGAGCCCAGAGAUGCAUUCAUUUCUUUGCCUGUAUCUGUGCCUUUGCCAGUGAUGAGACAUUGGCUCAGGAAUUCUCAGACUUCUUAAAUUUUGAUUCCAGCGGUCUUAAAGAGAUUAUUGUGCCCCAGUUAGGUUGCCAUUCAGAAUCAACGGUAUCGACGUGCGAGUCUCCUGCCUCUAAGCCAAAAAAGAGGAAAAAAGACGAAGUAUCUGGUGUACAGAUGAGCAACUCACUACUGCCUCAAGAUGCAGUGAGCAGCAAUCUGAGGAAAAGUGGCCUGAAAAAGCCUGUGGUUGCUUCUUCAAUAAAAAGGCAGGCUUGUGGUCAGCUGUUAGAUGAGGCACAAGUAACCUUAUCCUUCCAAGACUGGCUGGCCAGUGUCACAGAACGGAUCCAUCAAACCAUGCAUUAUCAGUUUGAUGGCAAACCUGAGCCACUGGUAUUCCACAUUCCUCAGUCCUUUUUUGAUGCCCUACAGCAGAGAAUAUCUAUAGGAAGUGCAAAGAAACGGCUCCCCAACUCCACCACAGCAUUUAUUCGGAAAGACGCCUUGCCCCUGGGAACCUUUUCCAAGUAUACCUGGCAUAUCACUAAUAUCCUGCAAGUCAAACAAAUCUUAGACACCCCUGAGAUGCCCUUGGAAAUCACCCGUAGCUUUAUACAGAACCGAGAUGGGACUUACGAGUUGUUUAAAUGCCCGAAAGUAGAAGUCGAGAGCAUAGCAGAAACCUACGGCCGCAUCGAAAAGCAGCCAGUGCUGAGGCCCUUGGAGCUCAAGACUUUUCUCAAAGUUGGCAACACUUCCCCCGAUCAAAAGGAGCCGACACCUUUUAUCAUUGAGUGGAUCCCAGAUAUCCUUCCCCAGUCCAAGAUUGGUGAGCUGCGGAUCAAGUUUGAGUAUGGCCACCACCGGAACGGGCAUGUGGCAGAGUACCACGACCAGCGUCCUCCACUUGACCAGCCCUUGGAACUGGCUCCUCUGACCACUAUCACUUUCCCUUGAAGCAAAACAAGAAUCUUUUGCUGCUAAAUUUGCACAUCCUCUGCCCUUGACACCUUCAAAUAGUAGUCAGGCACUUCGAUGGCCCUGUUGCUUAGAGAACUGCUCUCAACUACGAUGUAAUUUCUCAGUCCUUUCCAGUGGCUCUGUGGAAGAAAAGGUCUUUGUAAAUACCCCUUUUUGGUGCUGAUGUAUACAGUGUUCAUGUAAAUUGGGCAGUAUUACUGGCUAGAAUUUUAAAUGGAACAAAAAAAAUCAGCUUGCUUUUCUUCUUACAGACCCACCUUUAGUGUUUCUUUCUUUCAAAUCUCUAAGAAGUUAGCAGCACUCAGCAUUAUACCAACAGUGUUUGAAAGUUCGUAAUACCCCGGUUAGGGCAGAGUGUUACAGAACAUCCUGGCAGAGUUCCAGCCAUACUCUACUCUGUUCUCAAAUAAAGCACAGUGUCAUUAGUUUUCCAAGUA